CGAAGAGCUCACUCGGAAAAGACGGUGGCAAAAAUGGCGGCAGCAACUCUAUCUUCAUCUUCUUCUCUGUCGCUUCAUCUCCUCCACCAACUUCGCCGGCCGCCACCGCCGUCGCCGCCGGCCCCUCCUCCUCCUCUUAUCCUCUCUCUAUUUCUCAAUCCACGGUUUGCCCCCGCCUCCGCCGCCGCCAAGUCGAACGCGCUUUCGUUACCUCCGUCGCUCCCGAACUCCGCCGUCCGAUUCCGUGCCCUAAUUUCCAUUCCACCCUCCUUCUCCUCCGUCCCUUCUCGCCUCGCUUGCUCUCGUCCUCCCUCCUCCUCCUCCUCGUCCGUUGCGGCAUUCGCUCGAACACCUUCCCUGCAUCCGGAGGCCUCGGCCGACGCGGUUCCUGAGGGGGAGAUCUCCGGCGAAGGCGGCGGCCACGACGGAGACGAGGGCAGCGAGCUUCUACUAGAAGAGGAAGAGAAAGAAGAAGAAGUGCCAGAACCGGCCCAUCGGCAGCCGAGGACGGCCGGGAAAGUGCCUGAUCUGAGCGUGAAGGAGAAGAAGGAGCUUGCGUCGUACGCGCACAGCCUGGGGAAGAAGCUCAAGUCUCAGUUGGUGGGCAAGUCGGGGGUUACCGAUAAUGUGGCGGCGUCGUUUAUCGAGACGCUUGAAGCCAACGAGCUUCUCAAGAUCAAAAUACACAGGACUUGUCCUGGUGAGCUAGAUGAGGUUGUGGAGCAACUGGAGUUGCUCACCGGAUCAGUUGUUGUUGGUCAGAUUGGUAGGACCAUUAUCAUAUACAGGCCCAGCAUUACCAAAAUGCAGGCGGAGGAGAAGAAGAGGCAGGCUCGCAGGGUGUUUGUUAGAAAAGGAGCUGACCCCCAUCUGCUUCUCUUGAAGAAAGGUCAACCGUCAAGACUUGCAGGACAUGGUCGUCGUGGCAGCCCCCGGGUUUUAAGAUCUAGCUCAUCGUUUGGUCUAUGAUCCCUCUUGAACAUCUAAGCAAACACAUCAUCCUUUGUUCCGUCGCUUAAUUCUAUGAUGGCAGGUUCUCUGAUAGAUAAAAAUGGAAGUUUCACGCAACAUACAUCUUGGAGUGCCAUCUGGAUUGUGGGAGUGUCCAAACAUGCAACGGUGUGGUCAUUAAUUGGAUUUAUGGGGAAGUAAAUGAGAUCAUAUCAUGCUGUUUGCCUUUGUAGGAUUCUGAUCAGCUUCGAGCGAUGAAACUGCUGUUAAUCUGGGAUGCCAAUGUGCACAUAGCGCCACUGUCUUCUAUCAUUUCCUAUUUUGCCUCUUCUCCACUCCCAAAUGGGUAGUUGUAGGGAGAGAUUAUUAUCAAUGUGAAGCUAUGCAAUGAUUUUGGCCAGAACUCACUGGUUCUGCAA